AUCGGAUCUGAACGUCAGUUAACAGGAGUGCAUUAAGUUCAAAUCCGCGGACCUGAUUUAUUCAAAUUUGGUCCAAGUUCAAACUUACGCAUCACUUUACGCUAUCAAUUUUGAUUUGAAGAUAAUUUGAAAAUCGUUGAAUCGGUGAAAAUCUUAAGCAUUACUCUCCACAGAUUUAAAUUCUGAUUGAAGAUAAUUUAAAAAUUAGUUUCCUAACUUGAGAGCUUUCAAGAUAAUUUAAAAAUCGAUUGUUCUUCCAAUUUAGAGCUGACAAUCUUUCUAUUAUAUUGCUAUCAAUUUGUAUACAUCCGAAUUCGGUAAAAUUUGAAUCAGUCACAGAAAAUUCUUCCUCGAGAGGUGGUCGAAUCCAAGCAGAGAAAUGGUGACAGAAGACCAAUCCAGAGUGGAGGACAUAGAGUGGGAGGAGCCCAGCUCAGAGACGGUCCAGAAAUGGUACAGUGAGUUGAACAUGACCCCGGAGAGUGUGAUAGAUGACGUACAUCUGCUGAGGGAGUGGCUCAGGCAUCAACCUCAUCUUCCCAAUGUGGCUGACGACAAAAUGCUGGAAAUCUUCCUGUUCCAAUGUAAGAACAGCAUUGAAACAGCCAAAGCAAAGUUGGAACAAUAUUAUGUGGCCAAGGCAUCUAUGCCUGAGUAUUUUACCGAUAUGGACCCACUCGACGCUGAGUUCCAACAGGCACUUCAGACUGUGUGUUACGUCACUCUGCCCAAGCUGACCCCGGAAGGCUACCGCAUCUGCGUGUGCAAGAUGUUCAACAGUGACGUCACAAUGUUCCGGCCCAUUCACCUGUUCAAGGGUGCAUUGAUGUUCGCAGACAUGAGCAGUCGUCACGGCCACAAUAAUGGCAUUGUCAUCAUUUUCGACCUGCAGGACAGGACUAUGGCGCAUGUUGCUUCAAUCACCUAUCCCAUGCUCAAGAAUUUCUUCCAUUGUGCGCUGGCCGCUUUCCCAAUCCGGAUGAAAGGCUUCCACAUUGUGAAUGCUCCAACCUACACAACCGCCAUGAUAACCCUUGGGAAAAGCCUUCUCAAGGAUAAACUCAAGAAGAGGAUACAUGCGCAUAGCAAAGGAAUUGAAUCUCUGGCUGAGCAUAUACCUAAAGAUAUCCUACCUCCUGAGUAUGGAGGGACUUAUCCGCAUAGUAUGACAGAAUUAAGAGAUUUGACACUUCACCUGUUGAAGAAGCACAGGGACUGGUUUCUGAAAGAAGCCAACAUCAAAGCAGAUCUUAGCAAAAAAAAGGAAGCUGGAAAAACUAUGACGGCCGAAACUAAUAUCUUCGGAUUGGAAGGAUCUUUCAGAAAAAUUAGUAUAGAUUGAACGAAAUAUUGAUCUUUUGAAAUAUAAAUGAUUAUUUAGAGAAGAAGAUGGAUGAGUUAACCCUACAGAGACACACUUACUUUAUGCUAACACAGUAGUUGGGGUGUUCAACACCCGAAUUUAAUUUUGCAUUUUUUUUUUUUUGAAAAAUAUGAAGAAAAACAAGUACUUAGCCCAUACUUCAUCAUUUCUUAAUCAUUUUUGUUCCAAGUGCAUACAGAAAUCGAAAGUAAAGCACUGCUUAUCAAUAUUUGUAGUAAUUUUAGAAGUACGUAUGUUCCGCCUGAGUG